UUGUGGUGGCUGUUUUAAAUCUCCAGAUUCAAUGGGAAUAUGCAUCAGAUUGGCCACUGUGAGAAACAGAAUCCUAGUCUAGAUGGAACUUUGAUCUGAUAAGAGAAAUACUUGAAUGGUUUCUUCCAAAACCUGUUGAGCCUCUCUUAGAGAGCAAAUUGUAUUACUAACAGUGACUUACGACGCAGAUGGCUGAAAGAUAAUAAAGGAAAGUCCACUGAGAAAACUCUUAUGUUAACUCUGGUCCAGCAAGACAGAAUCAGAUGGGAAGGUGGUAUUUUAUGCAAUAAAGGGAGGAUCUCUUUCUGGUUUGGAAGGAAAAGAUGAUUGGGAGCCUGAAGUUCAUUUCUUCAUAGGAGAAAGCAGACAACCUUGAAUAAGAAGAGCAAGUAUAUUAAACAGAUAAUGAGAUUGUGAAAAUGAAGGCUUGUCUGAAAUACCUAUAUUUUUUACCACUUUUAAAAAGAACAAUGCAUUGCAAAUGCUUCACUAAUGAAUGAAGGACGUAAGACUCAUAACUCUUUUGCCUACUGGACGACACUGAAUUCUCUGUCUUGUGACUGUCAGAAGAGAAGAUGUUGCAGGAAUUUGACCUUAGCUUACUUAAGGGACUAGAGCAAGAAAUUGUUCUAAAUGUCCUUUGCCGUGAUGAGAUGCUGAGAAGACUGGAGGAAGAAAGAGUAAGCAAACUGAAAACCGAGCUGCAGCAACUUUGGCGUAAAGGAACAAAAAAUGCCAACUGUGGAUCUCAGAAACAGUCAUGUGCCCGCUGUCAGAAGUCGUUUGGAAUCCUGAUCAAUAGAGGGGCAGUAUGCAAAGGAUGCAGUCAUCAUAUAUGCUCUCGAUGUCGCAUUGCUCAAAAUGCCUUCCUGUGGAAAUGCACCGUUUGCUAUGCUUUUGAGGAUAUUAAAGUGAAAACAGGUGAAUGGUUCUUUGAGGAGCGAGCAAAGAAAUUCCCAGCUGAAGGUAGAUAUGAAACUGCUGGUGCAAAACUGUUGAAAUCUUAUCAGAAAUUAAGCAACAUAUCAGUGAUUCCUCCAACUCCUCCACCUUUUGCUGAAUCCACCAAUGGAACGAAUGCAUUGGAACUUAAUCAGAGUUUCCACAAGUCUGUGGAAAACUUAUUUCUGUCUUUUACUACACAUAUAAAAAAAAUCUCAAAGUCACAGAAUGACGUGGACAAUGAGAAAUACCUUCUCACAGCAAAUUAUGGGCAACAAAAGGAUCCAGUGAAGGAAAGGAGAAGCCUAUCUGAUCCUGCUAUUGAUAUUCCAGCUAGGAUAAAGAAAGCUCCACAUAUUCAACAGCUCAUCAAUGGAGAAGAAGAUGACAGUAGAACUGCUUGCAAAAGAGCACUGAGUGUAGAGUUCAUACCCUCCAUUGUUACAAACGACACCUUAAUCUGUGGAGAUAAAAGACGGGGCAGUUUAUACAGCAUUACCAGCUCUUGCAGUGAGACUGGUGACUUUGCAAAAGCCGAUGUCCGUGGUGAAAUAGAAUUUGCCAUUAGAUACAUUUUCAAAUUUGGCAUUUUGGAAGUAUGCAUCAGUGCCUGCAGGAAUUUGGCUUAUGGAGAGGAGGAAAAGAAGAAAUGCAAUCCAUAUGUCAAGACUUACUUGCUGCCUGAUAAAUCUCUUCAGAGUAAACGGAAGACUUCUGUCAAAAAGAACACACUGAAUCCAACAUUCCAAGAAACAUUAAAGUACAAGAUUGAAUACUCCCAACUGGAAACCCGACAGCUUCAGAUAUCUGUCUGGCACUCUGGAGUUUUCAGACAUCGUGUAUUCCUUGGAGAAGUGGUGAUUGCUUUUGAAUCUUGGGAUUUUGAAAGUAACUCUGCUCAGUCAUUCAGCUGGUACCAAUUGAAAGCCAAAGUGACAGGACUGGAUUAGUUUUAUAUGUGUUUAUUGUAUUUAUACAUGUUUCCCACUUCUUCAGAUUUUAAGGAUAAAUGUGCCAUAAGCAGUUAAGUUUUUCAAUAAUGUGGGCAUUAAGUGUCCUCAUCACUAGAAUCAUACAAUAUAGUUAGAAUGCACUCCAAAGAUCAUGUAAUCCCUUCUCUGUGCCAGCAGAAAAAAAUCUAGUAGGUAAAAUCUCCUUGAAGUUGAGCUUGACUCCUGGUAAUUUCAUAGACAUGUCCAAGUAGUUUUUUUGGCAACUAUAUAAAAGUGGCUUGUCAUCAUCUUCCAGGAUUUUUUGACUUCUUGUCUAGCAUGUGGCUCUGGAAUUUCCUGGCUCUUCCACAUGGUCCUUGGAUCUCUCAUCCAAGCAUUAACCAAGUCCAUUCGUGCUUUAUUUUUAAAGAUCUGCCAAGGUCAGCAGAUCCCUGUUGUUCCCCCAAGCAUUUGGGUCAGGAGUUUAGGUGAGCCCUGCUGAUGAUGUGGCUUUAUGUUUUGGGGGCUUGUUGUUUUAACCAGGGUGUCAUGGGUUAUAUGUUGUCGUGGUUUUAAUCUUUGUAUGCUGCCCAGGGUUACUGUUGUGAAAUAUGUGGCUCUAUAAACCAUUUAAAUAAAUAAAUAAUCUUGUACUUAACAUAUCUAAUGAAGAAAAAUCAGAAGUUUUCAGUGCUUUCUGCUUCAUUAUGUUUUUUAAUGUUUAAUCAAAGUCCCCUUUCACAUAACUUUGAACCCACUGGUUUGUGUUCUGUCCCUGGAGCAAAGAAAAAAUGUCCUGUCAUCUCUGUGAUAACAUUUUAAGUAUUCGUAGAUGGCCAUUGCAUCUGCUCUCAAAUCUGGUCUGAAAACAUUCAAGGUAUAAUGA